AUGUCGGCAGCCGUGGCGUGCAUGGACUACUUCGCCGCCGAGUGCCUGGUGUCCAUGUCCGCGGGCGCCGUGGUUCACCGCCGCCCGCCGGACCCCGAGGGCGCGGGCGGAGCCGCUGGCUCGGAGGUGGGUGCGGCGCCGCCGGAGUGCGCUCUGCCGGGUCCGGGGCCACCAGGGCCCGCGUCUGUCCCCCUGCUCCCCCAGGUUCCCGCCCCCAGCCCCGGCGCGGGUGGCGCCGCGCCCCACCUGCUGGCUGCAAGCGUCUUGGCUGAUUUGCGCGGCAGCUUUGGGGAGGGCUACGGGGAGAACUCGGGGGAAGCUCUGCGCGCCUCGUCUGGCUCCACCGACCCGACCCAGUGCUCCAGCCCGACCCAGGGUUCCGAGCCGGCCUCAGCCUCCGGUGCAGACGCGUUCUCCGAACCCGCGAGCUCCUCCGGCUCGCCUGCCGUCCCAAGUGCGCCAGCCGACCCGGGAGCGCUCGACGACGCCGGAGGGGUGUCUGGAGGGGCCCCAGAGGCUGGCCCCGCACCCGCAGCAGGUCAGAUGUCCCGGAGAAGGCCAGUAACACCUGCAGCCAAGCGACAUCAAUGCUCCUUCACUGGCUGCACCAAAGCCUAUUACAAGUCAUCGCACCUUAAGUCCCACCAGCGUACCCACACGGGUGAGCGCCCUUUCUCCUGCGACUGGCUCGACUGCGACAAGAAGUUUACGCGUUCCGACGAGCUGGCCCGCCACUACAGGACGCACACGGGUGAAAAGCGCUUCUCCUGCCCCCUCUGCCCCAAGCAGUUCUCCAGGAGCGACCACUUGACCAAGCACGCCCGCCGCCACCCAACUUAUCAUCCUGACAUGAUUGAGUACCGGGGACGUCGUCGCACUCCCCGCGACUACCGGCAACCCACCACCGUGGUGGGAAGCUCCUGCUCCGGCUCUGGCUCCGGUUCUGGCUCUGGCCAGGAGCCCAGCCUCCCUACCAGCCUGUAG